AUGAAGGAAACUAUUUAUAAUAAUAAUAAUACAAAGAUACCCUAUAAUAUAAUAUUACUUGGCAGUGGAGGUGUAGGGAAAUCUGCAUUAGCCAAUCAAUUUGUAAAGGAUGUAUUCAUAGAGGAAUAUGAUCCAACUACUGAGGAUAGAUAUAGCAAGUCUUGUAUAGUCAAUGGGAAGCAUUAUGAUAUUAAUAUAACUGACCCUUGUGGAGAGAAUUACUACUGCUUGUCAAAGUCAUACAUGGAGGAAGGUGAUGCAUUUGUUCUGAUAUACUCAAUCACCGAGAGAUAUACAUUCGACUUGAUACCAUCUAUUGUGGACUCUUUAAGAAGGAUCAAAGGACAGGACAACCUACCCAUUGUGUUGGUUGGAAACAAGAUUGAUCUGGUGGUGCACCGAGCCGUGGACCAUCAAGAAGGUGAACAAUUGGCACAAAAUAUUGGAUGUCCAUUCCUUGAGACUACGUCCAAGCACAAGGUGAACGUUGACGAGGUGUUCUAUCUAUUGCUCAAUGAGAUAGAGAUGGUCAAGGAGAUGGCCAACCUGUCUACUCGCAAGUCGUCUCGUCGCCCAUCACUGACACAACAUUUGGAGACUUUGAAAUGUCUGCUGAGUAGACCUUUCACAAGCAACAGGAAGAGGAAGUUGGAAAAGAAGAACAACAGGUCGAGUCAAGAGAUGAGCAUGGACUCCAGGUCAAUGAGUGGGCAACCAGAAGUAGUGGUCGGCUCUCUAAGAAGAGGUGACUCCACUAUCAAGCUGUCAAAGAAGAAGAGACCAGCAAUGACCCAUUCCAAGUCAUUAUUCAAUGUAUUGAUGUGCGGCGGUAAUCAUGUACCUGAA